AGUUUUGCGAACGAAGUGAUUACUUUUUAUCAAGUGAACUAUAAAUUUCGAUAACUAUUUUAUCUUCUAUUGUGAUAAUUCAAGAAAGAAGAGUUUUUUUUUAACAAAAUGGUUCUUUUUUGAAAGUUGCGACGUUAAAUUACGAAAGUCAUUAAUAUUCAAAUAUUGAAAGAAACUCCGAUAAUGGAUGAAGUGAUUAACAUAAAAGAAAUUGCGAUACUUCCGCGUGUGAAGUAAUAUCGUAUUUUGGAUUUUCAUAAUUUAUAAAUAAAAACAUUGAUUUUAUCAAUGUCUCCUUGAAAUUAUAAUUUCGGAUAUGACAAUAUAGUGAAAUAUAAAAAAAAAAAAAAGAAAAAACGAAAAAUUACAAAAUAAUAAAAAUAUUCACUAAAUAGUGAAUUAAGAUUAAGGAUCAGGUUUCGUAGUGUUGCCUUGGAUUGUUUUUCAUUUAUUUUUUCUGCGACAAGUCAAAAAUUACUAUACCAUAUUUGAUCAAAAGUAUAUGAUCGCGCAUUGGUUCUUGCGGUUCCGAGAGCCACAGGCAAAACCCGUGUGUGAAGUUCACCGUUUGUGACAUCACGCUUCAUUGUUGGAGGUUUACGUCAUUCUUGAGUCGGAGAACGACUCGCGGAACGCACACGCAGAAAAAAGAGCGAGAGAGAGAGAGAAAUAAAAAGUAAGAGAGGAGGAAACCAGCCGCGAAACCAUAAAAAUUUUGUUGCCGCCUUCGCUGACCUGGUAUCAGGAUUUUGAUCGGCAAAUAAAAUCAGUGUCAGUGCGGAGUUUGGGUGAAUGAGAGUUAUAAAUUGAAAACAGUUUCAAUAUUCUCAUUAUUAUUGACUGAAAACAAAAGUUAAAUCGUGAACAUGUCAACGACGACAUUUCACUUAAACGCAACCAAAUUCUCAGUGAAUAAAUUUCGCUAUUAUUUUUUAUAAUUGUGUCAAAAUAGAAAGAGAGAGAGAAAGCGAAAAAAAUUUUAAUUUAUUUUUAUUGUAUAUUGAAAAAAAAUUGAGUGUCAACAUAAAAAUGUUCAUGAAGAGUACAUGAGAAAAAGUGUUUUUCCCGUGGGUCGUUCGCACGGAGUCUUUCAUUUUAAAUAUAACGAUGUAUAAAUAAGUAUGAGCAAUAGCGGGAGUACGCGAGGCUGUCUCGCAAAGAUUUUGUGAAGCAAUCAUACACUCUGAUUGGACAACGUGUGAACGUGGCUGUUUCUCGAAUUUUUAAAAAACGAGAUAAAGAAAAGAAGAAAAAAACGAAUUUUAAAUUGUGGCAAAUGCAGUCGUUAAAUUUUAAUUUUGUAUUGACAUCUGCCACAUAUGUUAUUGUUGUGUGGGCAUGCUCUGUGGAGGCUCUGCCAAGGGAAACUUGAAAAAUCGAUUUUGUCAGUUUGGGAAGUGUCGUCAUCAGAAUUAAUAAUUCUCCAGAAUUAAACAAUGAAAUUGAACUGUCGGAAUCAAUUAUUGCAGGAUUGUUUACAUUGUCGACAACAGUCUUCAUGCACAUUGGAUAUACGGAAUGCUCUGGUUUUCGAGUGAGUCGCAAGUGCAUGAAAUGUUGCACUGCACAGAAGAUUGUCCCAAGAUCAGCACUGACGCCUGUACAAUGCUUGGAGAAUUUUGUAUAUUUGCUACGGAACUUGCACGCCUCUGCGAGCAAGGCUGUUCCUAUGAGCACCUCUCAAUCAUUAAUCUGUGAUGGAAAGGACACCAAUAAUAAAACGGGUUCAAAAAGAAUGGCAUGUGAGGUAUUUUUGGGUGGAUCUUGCAAUCCUACAACAUGGAGGUCAGAAAUAGCGAUACCGACACUUCAAAGUUUAGGAAUUUCUUAUUACAAUCCCCAAGUGUCACAAUGGGGUCCAGAACUUAUUGCUCAGGAAUACGAAGCAAAACAGACUGCGCGUGUAUUGCUUUUUGUAAUAGAUAACCAGACUCGUAAUACUGCAGGAAUGAUUGAAGCAGCUCAAUUGGCAGCAACGCGCAGAGAAUCACUAGUCCUUGUCGUGUAUCCUUAUCGACAAGGUCAGACUAUUCUUGGAGAGACCGUUUCCUCUCAAGAAUAUUAUGACCUAAUGAAUGGGCUGCUAGUACUUCAAUUUUUUAUGGAUAGACAAAGGAUACCAAUAUUUGAAAAUGUUUCAAUUGCGCUCAAUUGUACGUCCAAGAUUCUCCGCAAAGCGAUAAAAGUGCAAGAUCUGCACUCCGAAGAUGGAAUCAGGCCUACUCGAAUCUCACUUAAUCAGCACGGAAGCGAUGUAGUAGCAUUAAGAGAGAUCUUUCAAUCUUUAGACGUUAAUGACACAGGGACAGUAAGUCUGAAUGAUGCUUUGAUGACGUUGCAGUCGAAUUCAAAGUGUAAUGGAUCCGUCUCUGACCAUUUUAAUUCUGUGAAUAAAUCGGAAACCGGCGAAGACGUGAUACAAAGUUUUUCAUUGAACGAUGACCCGAAGGAGCAGAGGAUAAAAUUCGAUCAAUUUUGUGCGUUAGCGAAUGAAUGGUCCUGGCGAAUGAGGAACAAUGGCGUUACCUGUGAAAGUGAGAUACCUUCCGUUUGGAGUAUUUUAAGUAGGAAGACAUCAAAGUUUCUGCGCAGCGCUUUCGUACACCCUUUUAAUCGUUUCUUAGACUGGACCAAUUCAUUGAUGCUGGAUUCCGAGAAAAGGGAUAUGUACAUUGGUGUGAUCGGCAAAGAUCUGUUAUGGUUAGAAUCUUCAGCAGCACCUUUAAUAAAAUCGAUGGGAUUAUCUUUUCAUCGUCCGAGUUUAAACGAGUACAAUAUUAGGAUAUUGUCGCAAGAAUUGCAGCAUAUGAAAAAUUCGAGAGUCAUUUUGUUAAUUGUCCCGCAGCAUUCGCGCGGUAUUGCCAUUAUGGCCUUAGCGGCCCAUUUAAUUGGGCUGCAUGCCAACCUUGUCCUUUGUGUUCAAACUCUUCCUGAUAAUUGCACCGUAUCUGGCGAACAGUUAACGGUGCAAGCCACGAAAGACUACAAUAGGGGCAGAAUGUACCUGUCGGACUAUGCGACGCGCGAAGGUGUACCUGUUUUUCAAAAAGUCGCUGAUGCCUUACAACACGCGAUACAAAUAGUUCCUUUACCAACCCUUAAUACACCCUUUCAUGUACUUUUAAUUAAAUUUUUUGGAGUUUAUUGGAAAUCAACAAUUGUAAUACUAUGGCCACUUUUAUUACUUCCAAUUAUUAUUUUCAACAAUGCAGAGAUGUUUCGGUGCCUUUAUAUUGUGCUAAUAAUGGCACUAUUUUGGGUGACGGAAGUGGUACCAUUGCCAAUAACAGGAUUAAUACCUGUUACAUUAUAUCCUCUGAUGGGUAUACUUAGUACAAGUGAAACAUGCGAUUGUUAUAUCAAUGACACUACCAUGAUGUUUUUUGGGAGUUUGGUCCUGGCAGUUGCCAUUGAAAAUUCAGGAUUGCAUAUGCGAGUUGCAUUAUUAAUAAUUAAAACAAUCGGAUGUAGUCAUAGGAAAUUAAGUUUAGGUUUAUUUUGCGUGACAAUGUUUAUUUCAAUGUGGAUUUCAAAUACUGCAGCUACUGCAAUGAUGAUUCCAAUAGUAGAAACAGUUCUCCUCGAAUUAGAGGCGCAAGGACUAGGGAAUAUGUUUUAUCAUGAAAAUGAUAACGAACAUGAUGCCGAACCUACAAAAAGGCCAACAAAAACGACAAUGGUUUAUUAUUUAACCGCUGCUUACGCUUCGACUCUUGGUGGAAUUGGUACAAUGGUUGGAAGUGGGACAAAUUUGACAAUGAAAGGAAUUUUUGAAGAACGAUUUCCCGAUAGUUCUGGAAUAAAUUUUGCAGCCUGGAUGCUGUACGCUGUACCAGUGAUGCUGCUAAUGGGAUUCUUAGUAUGGCUAUGGUUGCAAGUAAUGUAUAUGGGCCUUUUUAGGCCAAAAAGUAAAGAAGCUCGUGACAUAGAUAUUGGAAAACAAGGCGAACAGGUGGCAGCAAAAGUAAUUGAAGAAAGAUACAGAGAACUUGGACCAAUUACGUGGCAUGAAUCGUGUGUUGGAAUAAUUUUUCUCUGUGUUGUUUUUCUUUGGUUUUUCAGAAAACCUGAAUUUGUUCCCGGUUGGCCAAGUUUCGUUACAGAAAAGAAAGUAAAAGACUCAACGGCGGCAAUAACUGCCAUUAUUCUGCUGUUUGCACUUCCGGCCAAAUUAGAUUUUCUUAGUGCAUUUAAUAAAGAUCCCAGUAAACGACCAACGAAACCCUCACCGGGAAUGAUAAAUUGGAAAGUUAUUCAUCAAAAAAUGCAUUGGAGUUUAAUUUUUGUUCUUGGUGGUGGAUUUGCCAUAGCCACUGGUAGUACGAAAUCUGGACUAUCCAAAUGGCUUGGAGAAUCUCUAACUGGGCUUAGUUCAUUGAACGUUGUAGCAAUUUUAUUUAUGGUAUGCCUCUUCUCUGGAACAGUCACUGAACUGACGUCAAAUGUGGCUGUGGCAACAAUCAUUUUACCAGUAUUAGCAGAAAUGAGUGUAGCUGUUAAAAUUCAUCCUCUUUAUUUAAUGUUACCAGCAGCACUUUGCUGUUCAUUUUCAUUUCAUCUUCCUGUGGGAACUCCACCAAAUGCUAUUGCCAGUGCUGCUGGCCAUAUAAAAACAAAGGAUUUCGUAAUUGCUGGCAUUGGUCCUAGUAUUAUAACGAUUGUCAUUACGACAUUGUCAUUUUCUACUUGGGGAGUGUAUGUUUUUAAUCUUAACGAAUUUCCGGAAUGGGCUUCCCACAAACACAUUGGCAAUUAAAUUAUUUAUUUGUUUUUAUUUGUCUAUUUAUAUUAUAGUCUCUCUUUUUUUUUAAAUGUGCCGAUUACUACAAGUUUUAUAAUAUUUUAUGUUUGUCAUUUUUCUCUUUUUUAAUAACAAUUUUAAAAAUAAUUUAUAUAACAGAUUUUUAUCCAAAAAUUUGAUGUAUUUUUUAUUUUUUAAAAUUUUGAAAUCACAUUCAUCACUUAAAAUAUUUACUAUUGUUGCCGUUAAAUAGAAAAACACUAUAAACAGUAUUUUGAUUUAAUCAGAAUACGAGAUGUGAUGAAAGUAAUAAAAAUAAGAUCAUUGUUAAUGAAUCAUGUGAUAUUAAAACGUGUUCGUCUAAAUGCAAAUUACAACGCGUUGUUAAAUUUCUAAUAGAUAAUAUUUUAUAUACAUUUAAUAGAAAGCGAUUAAAUAAAAAUUUUAAUCAUACAAA